UCCCAGUACUAUUCCAACGACUCCUUGCGUAGCUUAACACCGCGUACCACAACGCGUGACACUUCCAUGAAGUACCUUUCGCUUGAAGCCGUCGAUGUUUCCGAACAUGAAUGUGACAACGAUUGGAGACCUUAUCCAAAAGGACCUAGAGAUGGCUUACUUUCUUCCACAACAACCGUCGUCGUAUUCUAAAGGAUACAAAUUUCAGAAUGACACCAAAUACCGAGUAUUUGAUUCGCCUCCUCCACCGCCAAGUUUUAAUCAGACCUUGUUCCCAUUGCGUAAUCUGGCAACAACCGGCGAUAAAGUAACUGUGAUCAUUGAGAAUGAACCGCCGUCAUGUCUACAGGAACACUGGAAGAAAACCACGCCUGAUUUUCCGCUGGCAUCUGUCAAAUCUGUAGAUGAGGCGCUAUUGGAUGACGUAUCAUUUGUCACUUAAGCCGCGCUGCAGAGCAUUUCAGAGCGCAAACAAAGUAUACAUUCCGAUCUUGUGUACAAGCUGCAACUGAAAAGCUCCAUACUCGAAAUUGGAGUACCAGUUCCCAGGCACAUGGAAGAGGGUUCGAUCAGCUUUCCAUGUACAAUUAAGGCUGAUAUGGGUUGGUGUGGCUGUGGAAGUCAGAUCGUUCAAGACGAUAGGGAACUUGCCACCACCAUAACUCAUAUGAGAGAUGUUUGCGGUUGGGAUGGAGGAAUUGUGUUCCAAGAAUUUAUUCCAGGAGUCAAAGAAGUUCCCAGCUUUCAACUCCAUCUUAGCAGAUCUGGUGAAAUGUUUUGGGUAGGAACCACGCACGGUAAAUUUGAUGGAUUAACAUGGAUAGCCGCUACUGUUGAUUGGAACAAGCAAGAGGAGUUCAGAGAUUGUGCACGAAGAGUUUACAAUCCCUAUCAAAAACUACCUCGUAAAAAACGGUUACUAUGGUCUUGUGACGUUCAGGUUUUAUUCACAGAUAACGGAAAGUACAUGGUUGAUUUGAAUCCGCGCGUUGGUGGUGAAACAAGUCACCUGCUACUCGCUCGGUAUAUGGCAUCGGAGUUUGGCCUAAGGCACUCUACAAUGUUUUCUGAAAAUACACACCAUAUCUCUUUUGAGCAGCUGGUUCAGAAGGCAAACGGUCUUAACGAGAAGAUCGAAGGGAGAAUUGUAAUCUUAGCUGUCGCCGAUGAGCCUUAUAGCUGUAAUUCAGAUGUGUCUGUCUUUGCUCAGAGUCCUGAAGACGUUCAAGAUAUUUUUUGAAAACUCACAGGUUAAUUCAGUAGGAAUCGCAAGAAACAUACAGUACUCUUCAUCACUGUUGUGCAAACCGCUUCAAAUGGUCGACAUUUUUUACCAACAAACUGUUUGUAGGAGAGAUGAUGUAUAAAUAAGAUUUAGACUUUUCGGGUAGUGGCGCAGUGCAUAUUGGAGAUAUAUGAAAGGGGUUGAUACAUCUCCCACGUGAUCCACUACUCCUCUACAUAAAAGCAGAGAGGAGGAUGGCCGCCCCCGGAGCUAUAUAUUGAAAAAUCUGAGCCUUUCGAGCGAAAGGCCGUUUUGAGUAUCGCACUAGAAGAUUUUUCUUUGAUGACAAAAAAAGGGUCUUUGGUUUUAGCUUAUUAUUUUUAAAAUAAUGAAAUGAUAAUUUUAAGGUCACAAUAUUAUAAAUGUAUUAGUUAGCUUGCUUAACGGUUGAGUAAUAAUAAUAAUAACACCUUUAUUUAGACACGAUAAUGUUUA